AUGUCGCACGGUGAAGAAGAGUACAACUGGAUUGAUGGUGUAGAAUCACUUGAAAAAUACAAGCCCGGCGGCUAUCAUCCUGUUAUGAUUGGCGACAUGUUGCACGCGCGCUACCGCAUUGUGGACAAACUGGGUUUUGGAGGCUAUUCGACCAUCUGGCUCGCCAGGGACACUCGCCAGGAACAGUACGUUGCUGUCAAAGUCGGCAUCGCAGAUGCGCUUCCGCGUGAGACUAAGAUUCUCCGAGCUCUUUCGUCUUCUUCCGUGCAUCCCGGCCGUAAAUCAAUCCCGUUUCCUCUGGAUGAAUUUGAGGUCCAUGGCCCCAAUGGGACACAUCCAUGCUAUACAAUGGCUCCCGCACGAUGCAAUCUCAGAGAGGUAUCUUUCAGCCGCCUCUUCCCUAUCGAAGUUGCACGAGCCCUGUCAGGUGGCCUCAUAUUGGCUAUUGCGUAUACUCAUUCACAAGGCUAUGUUCAUGGAGAUGUUCAUCUCCGUAACGUCUUAGUCAAACUUCCAUCAAGUUUCGAUCAGCUUUCGAUCGAGCAACUGUAUGAAGAACAUGGCGAGCCUGAGACAGUCACCAUUAUGGAGCGCAACGGAAAGCCGCGUCCGCCCAACGUCCCAGAGAAGGCAGUAAUACCGCUCUACCCUGGGAAAAAUGCCGAAGAUUUCUCCCUGUCCGACACAUGCGUGCUUCUUGGUGACUUUGGCGAGGCAUUUGCUCCAGAAGAAUUUCGUUGCGGGAAAGACUGUCAUACCCCGCUAGCUGUACGCCCCCCGGAAGCCCGAUUCGAACCGCAGUCCCCACUCUCAUAUCCAGCAGAUAUUUGGAGUUUGGCCGUCACGAUAUGGGAUAUACUUGGCAUGAAAGCCAUUUUCAGCAGCGAAUUCGCCACGGCAGAUGAGAUGUUGGCCCAGCAGAUCGAUGUUCUGGGAGCCAUGCCCCUAAGCUGGUUCAAAUGCUGGGCGAAACGAAGUCAAUUUUUUGAUGACGAUGGGCGUCCAAAGGAAGGCCGGCAUGUGUGGCCUUCGAUUGACGAGGCAUUUGAGGAAGGGGUGCAGAAAUAUCGACGAAAGAGUGGCCGCGUAGGUGAGUUUGGCAGGGAGGAAAUGACUGCCAUUCUAGAUUUGAUGCGCCGAAUGUUGGCAUUUCGACCAGAAGAGCGACCAAGCGCUGAAGAAGUUCUAAAAUCGGAGUGGAUGGUUAAGUGGGUUCUGCCUGAAUACAACAAGGCAAUGGAGAUAUAG